GGGACAAUUGGCCUGCAGGAUGGUGACCUGUUGUGUCCCAAUGCUUGUCCACCUGGCCGCCCAGGGCAUGCUGGCUUAAUGGGAAUGAAGGGACAAAAAGGUUCAAAAGGAGAGUCUGGUGAACCAGGAAAACAAGGUUAUAAGGGUGAAGAAGGGGAUCAAGGACCCAUCGGUGAAGUGGGAGCUCAAGGCCCUCCAGGCAUCCUAGGUAUCAGAGGUAUAACUGGUAUAAUGGGACCUAAAGGUACCAAAGGAGCUCGUGGGCUUGAUGGUGAUCCUGGUCCGCAAGGUCUUCCUGGUGCACCUGGGGAUCAAGGACAGAGAGGUCCUCCAGGAGAGAUGGGUCCAAAGGGAGAAAGGGGCCCUCAAGGUACAAGAGGAAUAAAUGGUCUCCCUGGGCCAAAAGGAGAGUCUGGCUUACCAGGAGUUGAUGGCCGGGAAGGGAUCCCUGGAAUGCCUGGAGCAAAAGGUGAACCAGGAAAACCUGGAGCUCCAGGUGAUGCAGGGCUUCAGGGACUACCAGGUUUACCAGGCUCUCCAGGUGUGAAAGGUAUUGCUGGCCCAAAGGGUAAUAGAGGUCCUCCUGGGGUGCCAGGGUUGAUGGGAAAUUCAGGUAAACAGGGUCAACGAGGCCCAGAGGGAGAAGCAGGUCCAACAGGACCCCUGGGACCACCAGGUAGCAGAGGGGAGCCAGGUCCUGCGGGUCCUCCAGGUUUACCAGGGAAAUUGGGUCCCCAGGGUAAUAUUGGACUUCCUGGACUGCCUGGUCCUCCAGGCCUACCUGGUAGUAAGGGUGACCGGGGUUCAGUGGGUGAGCCAGGACCUAAGGGUGAACAAGGUGCACCUGGAGCAGAAGGAGAUGGAGGAGAAAAGGGUGACUUAGGUGACAUGGGAUUACCGGGAGCAAAGGGAGCUGUUGGUAAUCCUGGAGACCCUGGUUCCCGUGGGCCUGAGGGAAGUCGUGGACUGCCUGGCAUGGAAGGGCCCCGAGGCUCCCCUGGACCACGAGGCUUGCAGGGUGAACAGGGUGCCCCAGGUCUGCCUGGCAGUGAAGGUCCAGCUGGAAAAGAGCCCACCGAUCAGCACAUUAAGCAGGUUUGCAUGAGAGUCAUGCAAGAACAACUAGCUCAGCUGGCAGCCAGUCUUAGGAGGCCAGAAUUUGGUGCUCCAGGUCUUCCUGGCCGACCAGGGCCACCAGGUGCUCCAGGACCUGCUGGUGAAAACGGCUUCCCAGGACAGCUUGGCCCCCGUGGCUUGCCUGGCCUUAAAGGUCCCCCUGGUGAGAUUGGUCGUAAAGGUCCUAAAGGUAAGAAAUGCUUGAGGGGAAAACGGUAUGUUGGACAUGUGAUAAAAGGGAAAAGAAGGAUACCUGAAUCUGCUUUUCCAGGUGAACCAGGCAAAGCCAGCUACGGCAGCGAUGGCCGUGAUGGUGAGAGAGGUCCCCCUGGGGUGGCCGGUCAGCCUGGUGUUCCUGGUCCCCCUGGCCCUCCUGGCCCUCCUGGGUACUGCGAGCCAGCAUCCUGCAGAGUGCAGGCUGGACAGAGAGUGGGUAAGAACAUGAAAGGGCCGUGAGUGGGAAACGCAAGUGCCACCACGUGUCAGCAUCAAUUUACUUCUUGCACAGACAGCUGAGAAAAAAAUAAGGAAUGAAGGAGAAAUGCAAACGUGGACAAACCUUUCACCCAAGGUUUCAGUAAGGUAUUUUUAACACAGUGGUUGUACAUUCUUUCAAAAGGUUUACUUAGCAACACAAGCUGCAGCAAUGGUGCUUACAGAAACACGCAGGUGAUGCCUUCUGGCUCUUUCUCCUUUUGGGGAGGAUAAAAGGCAGUUGACUAUUUUUAUUUUUGAUUUUGUUUAAUAAAGGGUUUCUGUGAUUUUUCCUCCUCCCCAUCUUAAUUCCUAAGUAUGAUGUACAGUGAAAUAAGACUUCAGACAUCAAAUAAAAAAAGGACAGUUUAUUUACUGCAGUUGUAGUUAUUCUUUACUUCUCUUUUAUACUUAUACCCUUCAUGCACAGUCGUUUCAUUGUAUGUAUGUGUUGUCUAGGAUAUGCUAAACCUCCUUCAGCUCUUCAAUUCAAUUGCAGAAACACAUUUGGGAGACUUUUCUAAUGAAAACCUGCCACCCCUCGCACCUUUUAUGCUGUCAGUCUCUGUAAAGGUGUGAUCACUGGGUUCUCAUGAAUAACCCAUGUGGAAUAACCUCUUCAUUUUCAACUCCAAUUUGUGUUGCAUUUGUAAUUUCAUAGGAAGCCUAUUUCAGCUUGCCUCCUUCUAUGUGAAAUUAAAUAAAAGACUAGUAGCCACUGUCAAGGGAAUUUUAAGUCCCCAAAAUACAUGUUUUAUAGUCAAGAUUACAGAUUUUGAAGUAACAUCUGUGGUUGUACAAAACCCCCAAUAAAUAAUGUUUUAAUCUCCUAUAUCUUUUUUUAAUGUAUGGUAACAUUCAGUACUGAUUAACAGAACAACCAAAAGGCAGCAAUUAGAUUUCCUAAGUUGCCUUUUUUUAAGAUACUCAGUUUUUAGAGGAAAAUGUACAAUGUGGAUAUUCUGUUGCUCUCUGUAUAAAUUAAACUAUUUGUGGUUUUGACUUUA